AUGGCAGAUGAUGAUCAAUUUAAUAUAGAUGACAAUAGUGAAGAUAUCGAAGAAGACGAAGAUGAAGAAGAAGAAGGAUCAGAUGAUGAUACUGGAUUUUUUCCUAUUGACGAACCAAUUGUACAUUCAUCACAAUCAAAUAAUAUAACAACAACAACAACACGUCAUUCAUCAGAACAGUCAACAACUAAACUUUCUUCCAGUCUUAGUGGUGCAUCAAAUAAUUAUCUACAAGAUAAUAAUUUUGAAUAUAUUGUAUUAUCACAAGAUGAAAUAGUUAAAUAUAUGGUUGAAUGUAUAAAAGAAGUAAAUGAAGUUAUAAAAUUACCAACAACAACUGUACGUUUAUUAUUACAUCAUUUUCGUUGGGAUAAAGAAAAAUUAAUGGAACGUUUUUAUGAUCCAAAUUAUCAAGAUGAAUUAUUUCGUCAAGCACAUAUUGUUAAUCCAUUUAAAAAACCUUCUCAAUUACAAACACAAUUAUCAAAUUCAUUACAUCGUUCAACACGUCGUCAAAUAUCAUCAUCACCUUCAACACAAACAUGUAUUAUAUGUUGUUCAACAAAAUUUUUAAAUGAAAUGGCUGGUUUAGAAUGUGGUCAUAUAUUUUGUAUUGAAUGUUGGGGACAUUAUUUAACAACAAAAAUUAUGGAUGAAGGUAUUGGACAAACAAUACCAUGUCCAGCUAAAUGUGAUAUUUUAGUUGAUGAUAAAACUGUUUUAAAUCUUAUUAAUAUACCAACUGUUCGUCGAAAAUAUCAACAUUUAAUAACAAAUUCAUUUGUUGAAUGUAAUCGUAAUAUGCGUUGGUGUCCAGGAACAAAUUGUACAAAUGCAAUUAAAGCAUCAUAUUGUGAUGUUGCUAUGGUAACAUGUACAACAUGUAGAACAUCAUUUUGUUUUCAAUGUGGUCAAUCAUGGCAUGAACCAAUUAAAUGUAAAUGGCUUAAAAAAUGGCAAAAAAAAUGUCAUGAUGAUAGUGAAACAAGUAAUUGGAUUGCUGCAAAUACAAAAGAAUGUCCCAAAUGUCAUGCAACUAUUGAAAAAAAUGGUGGUUGUAAUCAUUUAAUAUGUAAAAAUCAAUCAUGCAAGUAUGAAUUUUGUUGGAUAUGUUUGGGUCCAUGGGAACCACAUGGUUCAUCAUGGUAUAAUUGUAAUCGUUUUAAUGAAGAUGAUGCAAAAAAAGCACGUGAUGAUCAAGAACGUUCACGUGCAGCAUUACAACGUUAUCUUCAUUAUUAUAAACGUUAUCAUAAUCAUCAUGAAUCAUUAAGAUUAGAAAGUAAAUUAUUAGAUCAAGUACAAAAACGUAUGGAAUCUAUGCAACAACAGAUGAGUUGGAUUGAAGUACAAUUUCUUCAAGUAGCAUGUGAAGUACUUCGACAAUGUCGUCAAACAUUAAUGUAUACAUAUCCAUUUGCAUUUUAUCUUAAACGAAAUAAUCAUUCAAUUAUUUUUGAACAAAAUCAAGCUGAUUUAGAACUUGCUACUGAAGAAUUAAGUGGUUAUUUGGAACGAGAUUCAAAUCAAACAACAAAUUUAACUGAAAUGAAACAAAAAGUACAAGAUAAAUAUCGUUAUUGUAGUACACGUCGAAAAGUAUUAUUAGAUCACGUUGCUGAAGGAUAUGAAUGUGAUUAUUGGGAAUAUAAUGAGGAUGUAUGA